AUGAAUCCCUCCCAGGAUGCGGGUCAGAAGCGCCCGCGCAACAAGCUCUCUAUCAUGGUCCAGCUCGCCUCUGCAGUCAAGCGCAGCAGCUCCAGCCCUGCCUCCCCUACGUCCGGCGUCAAGGCCUUCACGUCCCCCUCGUCGACGCCCUGCGCAACGCCUCGCACGGCAACCCACCCAAGCGAAGCCGGACCCGCGUCCAGUAACCCUUCCCUCAACCCUUCUCCUACCGGCAUGCACUCUUCUCCCCUCACCCGCCCACCUACCCUCAACGAGUUAGACGGGGCGGAGAAAUCACGGCUUCUGAAGAAGGCGCGCAAGCUCUCGAAGGUCUUUGGGGAAGUAGCGGUGCUCCGCGACCUGGACGACGCCAGUAUGCCACCUCCACCCCCGUUGCCCAAAGGUCCCGGAAGCUCCCCCUCCACCCCUAUGCGUCCCAGCUUCAAUCUCUCACGAGCGGAUGUUGAAAAGAGCCUACCCGACCCACCCCGCCCAUCCAUCGCGGACUCAGCCAUGAGCAUCUCAUCAUUCACGCACGAGACUAGCGCCAUCGCCGAGAUCAACGUCGAGCCGCCCUCCGAGGAGGCCUCGCGCGAGUCGAUGGACCUCGAUAUCGAAAGUCCUCCGCCCAAGCACUCGGAGGACCAGCUCCGCCGCAUACGCAUGGCCAAGCUCUCGCGCCACUUCGGCGAGAACAUCCCCCUCGAGAUCCUAAAUGACGCCUACGCCUCCAGCCGGCGGCCCUCCACGCCCGACGGCGGGCCCCGCAGGAAGCGGAUGAAGCGCAUCGGGCGGCAGGCCAGUGUCGACGGGCUGUACAGCGCCGUGGUCGGCGCGCGCCCAAAGCUUUCGACGAAGCGGUCGACCCCCUAUCUGCGACGCAGCCGGUCGCUCUGGGGACAGAAGCAAUCGAUGGACAUCCCGCGGCCUCUUGCGCAUGGCGGGGUUGAGCUUGUGAGCGAGGACUUCCAGGCACGGUACGAGGAGAAUUUCGGUGGCGACAACCGCCCACCGUUGCCGGAUGGGCGACGAGCGAUGGAUGUGCGUCGGGCGAAGAAGAUGCGCGAGCUUUUUGGCCAGGAUCCACCGCCACAGCUUAUACGCGUCCUCGACAACAAGGAGAAUCAGCUAGACGUGCCAGAUAUGACAACAGAGGAGCGCCGCGCAUCCCUAGCCACUCUGCUGUCGCUGUCGACAUUAUCCGCUACAGACCUUCCACGUAGCGGAUCAGCUAUGUCGCAGCGUUCUGACGGCAAGGACCUCCCGCCAAGACCGCGUACGGCUCCAUCGCGUGGCGGGUCGCCAGAGCUGCCCUCCUUUGCCACAACCCGAGAGCGAGACCUCGCAUUCGCUGCGCUCUAUCCGCGGAACGUCAAGUCCUUCGACGAGACCGUCAGGAGUAUACGCGCCAGCCUCGAUUCCCAGGAAGACCCCGUCGCAUUCCAAGAGCGGCGGCGGCGCGCAGCCAAGCUCUCGCGCUUCUUCGGCGUCGGGUAUCAGGACCUUACACCCACGCUGGUCUCCAUGCCCUCACCGACAUCCUCCACCCCCACUUCGCCCAUCAGCGCUGCGCCCCCGCUCGUCAACCAGCCCGAGACGCACCCCGCGCACCCCACCGCGAACGUCGACGUGCGCGUCACGGGGCGCGCCCGCUUCUGGAACUUCUACAACCACGAGACGAAAUCGAAAUCAACGAACGUUCACGACGUGCUCGACAAGCUGCGCAAGCUCUAA